UCGGUUUCUCUCCUCUUCUCCAUUCCUUCUUUCACCUGUUCUGUAUUUUUGCAACUUUGAAGAAGAUCCCAAAACUCUAUUAUAUUGUUUGUUGUUUCUUCCUCUUCCUCCUCCUCCUCUUCCUCCUCCUCCUCCUCCUCAAGGAUGAAUACAGGUAAUACCCCCCGCCUUCUUCAGCAUCCUAGCCAUGAACAUGACCUGGUCUUGCAAGAGCUGAGCGAAACUUUCAGCUGUGAAUGCCAUAUCUGCAAUUUCUACACAGAAGGCGGUCCGGCCUACCAUUGCGUGGACUGUGAGUUCUUCCUCCACAAAUCAUGUGCCGAAAUGCCACCCGAGAUGCAACAUCCCUUUCAUCCACAGCACCCGCUGGCGCUUACUAUAUCUUCAAGAAAGGAUUACGGCUGUGGCGGGUGUGGUGACUUUGUAAUUAACAAAUAUCGUUACCAAUGCGAUGGCUGCCGUGUAGCCUUGCACUUGGGAUGUGCAGCUGCAACUCUCCCUCCUGAAGAAGAAAAGCAUAAGGACGAGCAAAAGCACCAGGACAAGGACCACCACGAGGAGGAGAUGAUUGAGCACUUUGCUCACGACCAUCCUCUUGCAUCCUUCCACGUGGAUGUGCCAAAUUAUAUCAGAUGCAAGGCAUGCAAAGAGCGGAUCUCCGGUCGCGUUUAUGGUUGCCGUGCCUGCAUAUUCAUGCUGCACGAAUCUUGCGCUCUGGCACCCCGAGAGAUAAUGAAUCAUCCUUUUCAUCCACAGCACCCGCUCACCUUACUUGUCGAUUCCGACCCUACCUUUCGAUGCAAAGUCUGCAAGAGGUACUGUUUCUCCUCAUACAACUGUAAUGAAUGUGGUUUCAUUCUUGAUAUGGAAUGUGCUGUUUCCAUUGUGCAUCCUCCACAAGAUGAUGAGAGUCGUAGCACAGACAAUAGGCGAGAUCAGAUCCAUCAUUUUUCCCACCCCCACCAACUGACAUCUUUACACGCAAAAGCAGAGCUACGUGCCAUAUGCGAAUUUUGCCCACAAAAAAUAUCCAGUGAUUUUUACUGUUGCCCUGGCUGCCCUUUCCUGCUCCACCAAUCGUGUGCCGAGUUGACACAAGAGAUAGUGCACCCUCUUCAUCAGGACCACCCUCUCAUUUGGCAAGAAGGUCGUCCUGAUUGCUCUCUCUGCUCUUCGAAGCAUACCACCUGGUUCGGAUUCGAGUGUAAAGAGUGUCUUUUUGGCCUUCAUGUGGGAUGUGCUGUCCAAUCUCUCUCUGCUACAAAAGAUGAAUUUACUCUUUACAGUAAGCUUUUCCAUGAGCACCCUAUGAAGCUUCAGUAUUUCAAGGGAUAUAUAUCAAAUUGUAUUGUCUGUGAGUGGCCUCUUAGAGGUCUAGGUUAUGCCUGUCAAGAAGGUUGCCGCAGGUUCGUCCAUAAUACAUGUGCUACACCCAGACUUGAAUCGGAACACCCUAUUCACCCACAACAUCAGCUCAUUCUUCAUAAAGGGAAAUUCUAUAGAUCCCUUCCUUGCUUUGCAUGUCUUCAAGUUAUAUCUGGUGGAUUCACCUUUUACUGUGAUCAUUGUGAGAUCCAGUGCCACCCACGCUGUCUUAGGACGCCAACUCUGAAGCAUCAGCGUCACGAGCACAGCCUAAUCUAUUUCAGAGGGAUGGACAAGAAGCUACACAAUAUGCCAUGCAAUGUGUGUUACAAUGAUUGCAGGAUUGACUUCUACCGCUGUGUUCCGUGCAACUAUAAUCUUCACUUCAUUUGCUUGCCUCUGCCCCCUUCCGUUAAACACGAAUUCCACUUCCAUCCGCUGGUGCUCCGUGAUAGAGUUGUCGAUGAACAUUAUGAUUAUGAGGAGCAAUACUGCGACUUGUGUGAGACCCUCAGGAACCCAGAACUUGGUGUCUAUUAUUGCGAGGAGUGUAAUUAUGCUGCUGAUAUCGACUGCGUCAUCCCCAAGGUAAAUCUCGAGAAAAGAAGACAAGUGGAAGAACUUAUGCUCAAGAAACUGGAUAAAGAUAUUUCCAAAGAAGAAGCAGAAAUACUGUCACUGGAGGAAAAAUUGGAAAAACUGAAGGAAAAAUUGGAAACGUCAAUGAAAAAUCUGGUGGAACUCAAGAAAAAGAGAGAAUGGGCGCUAUGGCAAGCAGAGUCGAACAGGGAAUGAAUGUGGAGUCACACAAUGAUUUCUCUUGCCGUAUCGUUCAUCCUAAUAGGGAUGUCACUUAUCCAUUGGUCAAAAUAGACAUUAUUCAUUAUGUGCUGCUAUUUGCAGUCGAUUUUGUUCUUUGCUUGUUCUGAUUAUGGCCUAAAGUUACUUUUUAAGGACCAGAUUAUGAAAAAUCAAGUGUUCGAGUACUUCUGAAAAGUCAAUUUUGUGAUCGGCACUCUCGUGAGUUCCUAUACACUUUCUUUACUUGUCCAUAUAUUCAUUAGCCAACGCAGAUAGUCUCCACCGAGCUCGGAUGAACAAGGAAGGAGUCUAGGAUGGGGAUGAAAUCGGAGUCCCAUG